AUGGCUCAUCACACAACACUUUUUCCGCCGAUAAAAUUGCAGCCUUGGUUCGACAAGGAAAAGCUGCAAGAGAAAAAUGACAAAAUCGUCACCAAAAGGUUCGUCUUUGAUGCUUCCACCAUAGCAGCUCUUCAAGCUAAGUUUAGCGACGAAAUUGGCUACAGUCCGUCGCGGUCUGUGGCUUUAGCCGGUUUCAUAUGGACCCAGUUCAGGUCCGCCAUUCUGACAAACAAAGAAGACCGUAAUUGUAACUGGGUGCUAGCUAAUUCAGUGAACAUUAGGCCAAGAGUGAAACCACAGCUUUCAAAUAUGCAUUUUGGUAAUAUUUUUACUUUUGUCCCCGUGCAGGUUAACAUAAAAGACCGACAACAAAGGUCCGCAGGUCCGAAAUACAACGAUGAUGCUCGAGUUGUUAGUCAAAUGAGUGAUGCCAUAAAAAGUGUGGACACAGAAUAUGUGAAGUAUCUUCAAAAGACAGAUGUGAUCUUUAAUUUACGGCAAGAAGAAGUUGGGAAACUGAUUAGAGGAGAGGUGAUGGGGUUCACUUUCACAAGUGUAUGCAAGAUGCCAAUAUAUUCCGAUUUCGGGUGGGGAAAGCCUGUGUUUGUAGGCUCAGCUGUGUUGCCAUUGAAGAACAUGGUUCUUUUCUGGGAUACUAAACAAGGAGGAGGCAUAGAGGCAUGGAUCAACAUGGAGGAGGAAGACAUGGCUAAACUUGAGACUGAUAAGGAAUUUCUUGCACAUCUUAACUCUUCUACUGAUCCAUUCUUGCUUCAGGCUUUGAAAUUGAAUGCAAAUUCAAGAUUAUGA